UUUGAAGUGUGGCAGGCGCAAAGGAGUGUUUUUUUUUUUUUUACUUUCCUCCUCCCUAACUUUAUUUCCCUUUCCUAGGAAUACCGUGAGAAACUUCCACUUUCAGCGGAGGGAAUACGGGACAAGUCAGAAGUGAGGCGGUACACUGGAAAGUGAUCCAGAGUUGGAGUGUAGCGGAGGAGGAAUCCACCACCCAGACAGCUGCAUGAGUCCUUCACUGAGUCACUGAGAGAGGUGUUGAGUUGACUCAAUCAGGCUGACUGCUGAAAGUUACCCAUUCAGAAAAAUGACUCAGUCGGUGCAAGUUAACCCCAAGCUGCCCGAUCUGGGUACACCAUUUCUCUACUCUGGCCCGGAGGAGGCUGAGCAGACAGGCUCCUACUCCGUUCAGACUCCCUACGGCUUCCAGCUGGACCUGGACUUCCUGAAGUAUGUGGAGGAGAUCGAGAGUGGGCACAACCGCCGGCGGGCACCAGUGAAUGUCCGCCGGUCCAGCCGCGGCGUCAGAUCUUCUCAGAGGAGCCCUAACGUGGGGGGACACACCAGUGGCUGGACCUCUACUGAGUCUCUUGCAUCCCCUGUCAGCGAGGAUGGCAGAGUCCCCCCUCCGCCCCCACCUCGCAACCGCAUCGGUUCGGCACCCUGCGAGGGGAUCUCUCUUUCCCCUGUGACUAUACUCGGUGUCCCUCCACUGUCUGCGGGGGCCAAGGUGCCACCGCCACCACCUCAGCGCAAUCCCAGAGUGGAGCGGACUCUUCUGGAGACCAGCCGGCGGCUACAGCAGGAGCAGAACCACCAGCACCAGAACGGUGGUCGCCUCCAGCUUGCAGAGCCGCCAAAGCCAGUCAUCAAGGCCACUGUAUCUUCCGCGGGCUCAUCGGGCAUUUCUGCCUCCACCACCAUGGAUGUCCCUAUGUUGCUUCUACCUUCAUCCUCUCCUUCUCCGUCUCACAGUAGCUGGACCAAACCCAGUCCUCAGACGUCUGGACGGAGUACACCAGCGCUUGGCCCCACUGUGCCUCAGAUUGCCGCCAACCAGCUGCAGACGGUCAGGGAGCAGAUGGCUACGGCACUGAGACAGCUGAAAGAGAUGGAAGAGCGAGUGAAGGGCGUUCCAGCGCUAGAGAGAGAGUUGGCCAAGCUCCGUGCCGAGAAAGACAUGCUCCUAUUGACCCUGCAGGAGAAGAAAGUGUCUGAAGAGCAUGCCCCAAAACAACAACAGACAACAGAGUCCUCCACCCAAACAGCAGAGGCCCUCCUAACACCAGCUGACCCCUGGUUUCAGAGUCAGGGAACACCUCCCACCUCACCUGGUCGCAAAGGCCCCACAAAAUCCGGGGAGCUGAAAAGGUUGACUGAAAAAUUCGAGGGGCGGUGUGAGAAGGCGGUAGAGCCUUCUGUGGAAGUUUCAAUGAAAGCUCCGCAGAAAUUUCCCGUUGUUGAGAGGAAGUCGGUGGCUGUCGGAUAUGACAGGCCAAUGAAUUCUGUUGUGUUCUACUACAGCCAGGGAGUAAAAGAUGCUGCCGAGGGCACUGAGCUGCAUGUCUGUGAGAAAGGCACAGGGACGGAAGCCAUGCUUGUUUGCACAGAGGGCACACAGACGAGGAUUGAGACAGAAGAUGCUGAGGUGUGGGUGAUGGAGUCACUACUUGGGUUCACCAGUGAAGCCCAGCGGGAGAUAGACACCUUACAGGACACUAUUAAAUUCCAACAGGAGACCAUUGUGGUUCUCCAGGGGCGGCUGAGUCUGGCGGACAAAGACCUGGGAACUCUCAAAGCCCAGGCGGAGGAGAGGAAGCCCAAAGUCAUGCUGAACAAAGGAGUUCUUGCCAAACCGGACACAGUGCACACCCAGGUGGAGACAGCAGCCUCCACUUUACACAAUGUUGCUGUUUCUUGUUGUCCUGAAGUGGCCAGUGUGUGUGUUGGUCAGGACUUAACAGCCAACCCGUUUGAGCAGGGAACCCAAACUGACGAUAUGGUGAUAGCAGCAGAGCCUGUGCCUGUUACUAAAUUCAGCACAGGGACCCAAUGGGAAAAUCUGUUUGAGGAAAAGGUGGACCAGCAGACUCUCAUAGAUACAGUGUUAAAGAGGAGACAGGUAACCAUUGCUGAAUACAAGGUUUCCCCAGAGGAAGAGGUGGUUGGUGCAACAGAGAAAAAAGAGGUGGAACAAGGAGUGGUGACAGUACCCAGCAACCCAAAGCCAGCAGGUACGUUGAAAUCCAUCAUGAAGAGGAAGGAUGGGAGUAACUCGAGUGAGAAUCGUACAGGCAACAAGAAGAGCCUGCAGUUUGUUGGUAUUCUCAAUGGAGGGUAUGAAUCCACAUCUAGUGAAGAAGAAGAAGAGGAGGAGGAAGAUGAAGAGGAGGAAGAGGGAAGCUCCUCGGGGCAGAGUGGAGAGGAGGAGUGCUCAGACAGCAGUGAGGAGGAUGAGGCGGCCCUGGAAGAGGAGACAUCUGAUGAGGAGAGGAACAUCAACCUCGAUGAGACCGACACGGACGAGGAGACCCUUACAGUGGAAAAUGACGCACCUGAUGCUGUGAAAGAGAAGUUUGAGCUGAGCGCCAAGAUGCGGGAGGCCUGCCUCAUUCUGAAGAACCACCUGAAUGACGACAUCCAGACUCUGAAGAGUAAGGAAGUGCUCUCCAGCACCCAUUCUGUUCAGCUGGAGUGGUUCCGGAUCUCCAGCGGAAAGAUGGCCCAGCCAUCGCGGGUCUCUGACUAUUUGAUGGCUUUCUCAGAGAUCUCGGCAGGGCUGCUGGAGCACAUAGUCAACAUGACCGACGGCAACGGGAACACGGCUCUGCACUACAGCGUCUCCCACUCCAACUUCCGAGUAGUGGGGCUGCUACUGGACACAGGUGUGUGCUGUGUAGAUAAGCAGAACAAGGCUGGCUACACGGCCAUCAUGCUAGCUUCACUCUCUGCUGUGAAGGAGGAGGAGGACAUGGCUGUGGUCAAGAAGCUCUUCAGUCAGGGCAACGUCAACGCCAAGGCCAGCCAGGCGGGCCAGACAGCGCUGAUGCUAGCAGUCAGCCAUGGGCGACAGGAGAUGGUGCGGGCACUGUUAGACUGUGGCGUGGACGUCAACAUACAGGAUGAUGAGGGCUCCACCGCGCUGAUGUGCGCCAGCGAGCAUGGCAGAGCUGAGAUCGUCUCACUGCUCCUGGAGCAGCCUGGAUGCGACAUAUCCAUUGUGGACAAUGACGGCAGUAAUGCUCUGUCCAUCGCCCUGGAGGCGUCUCACAAUGACACGGCUGUCCUGCUCUAUGCUCACACAAACUAUGCCAAGACCCAGAAUGCCACGGGAAGCCCGACAAGCCCUCAGAAGACAUGGUCUGCAGAGUGAUGCCACCAAACGUCAGCUCAUCAAGAACAUCUAAACAGAACUGGAUUUGAACAUUGAAAAGCUCCACUGGAUUUACAUUGUCUACCUAAAUAUAGUAUGUGUAUUUAUAUUUCAGCAUAUGAAUCACAUUUAUAUGUAUUGUUUAUAUAAGAACAUUUUUUUCCAUAAAUGCCUUGAACAGUUAUGAUGUACUUUACUAAUUUGCCUUCCUGACAUUUCUCUGUGAGGUCUGCAAUGGCUGAUUUUCUAAGAAGAACUCAACGAGACCUAACAAUUUGCACUCGAUUUGUUGUAUGUUCAGUCGCUGUCCCAAUUUAACCACCGUGUCAGGCUCUACAUGAUAGCUCAAGUCUGCACUAACACUCUAUGCAUAUGUAUAUUCAUAUAUCUAUUUUUGUGUCCAAAAUAAAGUUGUAUUU